GGCGCGCUGGUCUGAGCGCGUUGCUAGAAGGUUCGGUGUGCUGUGGGGCGAGUGGGAAUAGCCUCAUCAGGGGUCUUGGUAUUUGCCGAGAGUCGCCGAGGCUCGCACCGGGCCCAGCCCGUUACAUCCUACACCUACGGUGCCAGAACUCUAUGUCGACCGAAUGUGGCAUCUUCGUCUACGACGGAAGGAUAAUGUAGCUGACGCGGAGCCACAAGGCUAAGCGAUCUACCAACAGGGAGUUCUAUAUCGCUCGAUUCCUUCCUAUUCAGCCAAGCUAUCUACUCUUCAAAUAUCUCGUCUACAUUUGCCCCAUUGUCGAUAUGCUGAUAUGGGAACAAAGACCCGACUUGCGGGCUUGCUCCACGUAUCUUUUCCGCGCGCAAGUAUCCAUCGUGAUUAAACGAUUCACCGCACGGGCCUGGGAAAAAGGCAUAACGCUGCAGAUACUCCGGCAACUAUCCGUCGGCAUUUCGGAAAAGCAUGUCCGCGAAGUUUUCAAACCGUUCAACCGGUUCGAUGACCGGACAGACGCUGCGGAUCGCGAUGUUGCUUUCGCUUGGCAGACUGGCCAUCGCCUGUUGCAGAUUCCAACGGCCAUAAGAGACCCGCUGGGCCUGAGGAAGGCGCCGCCCAGAUCUAUGAGCUCUCAUAGAAAUGAACCUGUUUUUGGCCGCCUUAACGUGGUUGCGAUGGUUGGAGAGGCAGACGAGCGGAGGAGGAUCGCGUCAUACCUGGCGGAGAAGUUGCCCGUUAUCCGUCCGCUUAACCCGGAGGACGGUAAACUCGCUAUCGCAAGAAAACAACCCGUCGGCUCGGCGUCAUCCAUGAUCGCACUCAGGAAUGGAGUGGCUGGACAGAGACUUGAUAUACCCCGAUACUAUGGUCAGAGAGGCGAUUGUGCGACAUGUGGGUACGGCUGGGUCGUUUGCGGCCAGAUGAGGAUAGGGCUUCACCUUGAAGAGGCGGCGAGUCGCAGGCCCAAAGCCCACGCCCGACUCCUUGCCAAGUACGAUUCCGCCAAAGCGCGCGACGGCUUCUGCGAGAAUCGGUCGGUCGUGCGUAGAAUGAUCGCGGCAUUGGUCACAUACGACGGCCAGAUCCUGGGAAAGGUCCUGACGAGGCUGGUUCUCGAUCAGUAUGGUAUAGACCUUGGCAACGAGAAGGAGGCAAAGCGCUAG